AUGGAGAAGUACGAAAAACUUGAACAAAUUGGAAGUGGAGUUUCUUCAAUUGUUUACAAGGCGCUGAACCGCGAGACAAAUGAAAUUGUUUGCUUGAAAGAGAUUAAGGAUUUGGGCCCCGAAUCUGAAGAGAUCCCUUGUUUUGUAAUCAGAGAAUGCUCUUUUCUGAAAGAGAUGGAGCAUGACAAUAUUAUCAGGUUGUUAGAUGUAGCAGUGAACCUUGAAAUCGGAAAAGCGUAUAUGGUUUUUGAGUACAUGGAAUUUGAUUUGAAGAAGUUCAUGGAAACUCAUUUGGAGAUUGCCAAGGAUCCACAGUUCAUAAAGAGGUUUCUGCAUCAGAUACUCAGUGGUCUUGCCUAUUGUCAUUCACACAAAAUUAUCCACCGAGAUCUAAAACCAAUGAACUUGCUGGUAGACAUUCAUGGUAGAAUCCUGAAGCUUGCAGACUUUGGAUUAGCCAAGGCAGUUGACGUUCCUCGUCAAAGCUACACUGGAGGGAGCCUUGUACAUUAA